AUGGCUGACCCCUUCCAAUUCCCAUACGAGUAUGAUCAGACAGGGGAUUUCACCAUUGGAGCUAUUACAGCUCUGUAUGGCUGCAUAUCUAAUGAAAUAUUGUUCAGUGAGCAUCCGAAAACAACAUUGGUAGAUGGACUUUUGGCAAGUCCAAAGUACUACCAGCAUGUUCUGUCCUUGGCAUUUGCAGUGAAUGAGAUGAAUAAGAACCACAAAUUCUUACCCAACAUCAGCCUUGGGCUCCAAAUUUAUGACAGUUUACUAAAUGCAAGGAUGACUCAUCAGAACACCCUGAAACUUCUGUCCACCUCUGAAAGGACUGUUCCCAAUUUCAAAUGUGAUAAGCAAAAGAAUCUGAUAGCUGUCAUUGGAGGACCUGACUCUGAAAUCUCUCUUCACGUGGCCACUCUCUUCAGUAUCUACAAGAUUCCACAGAUUGCCUAUUGUGUAAUUGCUCCGGUGAUGGAUGUUAAAAGCCAACUACCUUCAUUCUACCGGAUGGUGCCCAGUGAACAAUAUCAGUAUUCAGGGAUUGUCCAGCUUCUUCUACAUUUCCAGUGGACAUGGAUUGGGAUCCUCACAAUGGAUAACGAUAAUGGAGACAAAUUUGUGCAGACUUUGAUGCCAAUGCUUUUGAAGAAAGGAAUCUGUACAGCCCUCAAUGGAAAAAUACCAGCCAUAUCUCAUGCUAUAGAUAUGUUAAGUUCAGUUGAUUCCAUCAUCAUCAUGGCUAGUUAUCUAUCCAACUCAAAAGUCAAUGUUUUGGUUGUGAAUGCAGAAAAUCCCACUAUACCAUCUUUGCACUGGACAAUAUAUUUAUACACAGUGUUUACAGGCAUUACAGAGAGUUCCAUAUAUAAAGUGUGGAUUAUGACAGCCCAGUGGGAAUUCACAUUAGAAACAAUGCAAAGGGCUUCUGAUAUACAAGUAUUUGAUGGUGGCUUGUCUUUUGCUAUACACUCAAAUGAAGUGCCAGGAUUCAGGAAAUUCCUUUAUGCCCUACAACCCAUUUCACCUAAAGAAGACAUUUUUCUUAGGAUAUUCUGGGAACAGGCAUUCAACUGCUUAUUUUCCAAUUCUAAAGGGGGCUCGGAGAGUAUUGAUACUUGCACUGGUGCAGAGAAGCUGGAAAACCUCCCUGGGACUAUCUUUGAAAUGAACAUGAUAGGCCAGAGCUACAGCAUCUACAAUGCUGUCCAAGCCAUAGCACAUACUUUGCAUCAUAUGUACACAUCCAGGUCAAAACACAGGGCAAUGCCAGAGAGAGCUAAAUUGGAUCUUAGAAAUCUGCAGCAUUGGCAGCUUCACCUUUUCCUAAAGAGCAUCUCAUUUAACAACACCGCUGGAGAUACUGUAUCUUUUAAUGAGAAUGGUGAAUUAUCAGCAGGAUUUGAUAUAGUCAACUGGGUUACUUUCCCAAACCAAUCUUUCUUAAAAGUGAAAGUGGGAAGGAUGGCUCCACAGGAUGCGCUGAAUCAGGAGUUCACUAUUAAUGAGGAGGCUAUCACAUGGCACUAUAGGUUUAAUCAGGUUCUGCCCCUUGCCAAGUGUAAUGAAAAGUGCCAACCAGGCUACAGCAAAAAAAAGGAGGAGGGGAAGCCAUUUUGUUGCUAUAAUUGCAGUUUGUGUCCAGAUGGAAAGAUUUCAGACCAAAUGGAUAUGAACGACUGUUUCCAAUGCCCAAAAGAUCAGUUUCCAAACAAGAACAGAGACCAGUGUCUUCCUAAAGUCAUAAACUUCCUCUCCUUCACAGAACCUUUGGGAAUCACUUUGGUGUUUUUUAUUUUGGCUGCUUCUGUGAUGACAGCUUUAGUGUUUGGAAUUUUCAUCAAGCACAAGAACACUCCCAUCGUCAAAGCCAACAAUCGAGAUCUCUCUUUCUUUCUGCUCAUCUCCCUAUUUCUCUGUUUCCUUUGUGCCUUGUUAUUCAUUGGCCGGCCUCAGUCAUUGAUCUGCUAUUUACGGCAACCUGCUUUUGGCACCAUCUUUUCAGUAGCUGUUUCUUGUUUAUUGGCAAAAACUAUCACUGUGGUUCUGGCUUUUAUGGCCACCAAGCCAGGAUCUAGGAUGAGGAAAUGGGUGGGGAAAAGACUGGCUAAUUCUAUUCUUCUUGGCUGCUCUCUUAUACAAGCCAGCAUUUGUGCUCUAUGGCUAUGCACUGCUCCACCAUUCCCAUAUUUCAACAUGAAAGCUUUGUCUGAAGAAAUCAUAGUAGAAUGCAAUGAAGGAUCAAUCACAAUGUUUUACAGUGUUCUGGGAUACUUGGGAUUUCUGGCCAUUGUCAGCCUCACUGUGGCUUUCCUUGCCAGGAAGUUGCCAGACAGUUUCAAUGAAGCCAAGUUCAUCACAUUUAGCAUGUUGGUGUUCUGCAGUGUUUGGUUGUGCUUUGUUCCCUCUUACCUGAGCACCAAGGGGAAAUACAUGGUGGCUGUGGAGAUCUUCUCCAUAUUGGCUUCCAGUGCUGGAUUACUUGGUUGUAUUUUUGCUCCUAAAUGCUACAUAAUUAUCUUCAGGCCUGAUUUGAACACCAAGGACCACCUAACAAGGCGUAAUGUGUAG